CCAUUUUACCUGGUCAUGGAAUUGGUUUUGGGAGGUGCACUUAACGAUUAUCUCAAGAAAAAGGGCAGAACAGCAAAAAUCUCCAAGAGGACACAGAUUCUUUACGAGGCAGCUCUGGGAAUCGAGUAUCUGCACGCUAAAGGAUGUAUUCAUCGAGAUAUAGCGGCACGGAACCUGCUUCUGGACAAGGUUGUUAAGGUUGCCGAUUUCGGUCUAACACGGAAAUCCAAAUCGUACAAAGUGAACCCGGACAAGCCCAUGAAUCUGCGUUGGCUUGCACCAGAUGUAUAUCAUACGGGAAUC